UUGUUAAGAGAAAAACUUGGGAGGGUGGUGUGAAUUCAAACUCUACAUGGUAGCAGGUCAGGUAUUUGCCCGUGUCGUCCCCCACCUGUCCGUGGGAGGGUGCCCGGCCGGUCUCGGGAUCACUGCAGCAGGUCCCUCGGGUUCCUCCCGCUAAACCCUCUCAGCUGACGUCAGGAGAAAUGGCGGACCAGGAUGGCAGCGACGCAUCUCCUCCAGAGUCCCAAGCGUCUUACUCCCAGUAUAAAUCGGAGGAUGGGGAUGGCAGAGCGUCCUCAGCCACCCGUCCCAGCUCCUCGGGCUCCGGGCAGACCUACACUCCCACCUUGACCCCAACUCCCAUCCCCACCCCGACCCCAUCUCGCACCACCACCAGCAACAGCCCCAGUAACAAUGCUGCCACCAAAACAGACUCGUUGCUAUUCAACAAGAUCGACGAGAGACAGAGGUUAGCCCGUGAGCGCCGGGGGGAGCGUGAGAAACAGAAUGCUCUGAAGGAGGCCCAGUGGCAGGCACGUGAGGAGCGAGCCAGGCAGCACUAUGAGAAGCAGCUGGAGGAGAGGAAGAGGAAGCUGGAGGAGCAGAGGAUAAAGGAGGACAAGAGACGGGCCGCCGUGGAGGAGAAACGACGGCAGAAACUGGAGGAAGACAAGGCUCGUCAUGAGGCGGUGAUGCGUCGGACGAUGGAGAGGAGCCAGAGAGUCAGACAGAAGCCCAACCGAUGGUCCUGGGGAGGGGCGCUGCACACAAACACUCCCAGCACGCCAGCCGGUUUUGUCGAGUCGGCUUUCCUCUAUCCACUCGACCUUGCUGGACUGGAGCACAUGCAGGGUGCUUUCAGUCUCUACCGCAGAUACGGAGUCACCUCCCAAUAUGCUGACAGGCGGUCAGUGUCCACAAUGAAUUUAUCCAAACACACAGACCCUGUCAUUACCAAGCGCCUCUCCUACUCCUCUGCCACACUCCUGCACUCACCUGACAGAGGCUUACAGAUGAGAACAGCCUCCUCCCCUGUCAUUAGCAAAGCUCAGUCCAAACCCCGCCUACACCAGGGAAAGACCAGCCAGCAAAAAAACACAGGCCUGCGCCGUCUUCCGCUGACGCCAUGGGAGAGCAAUGUGGUGAACCGCCUGCAGCAGCCAACGCACUCCUACCUGGCUCGCAGCCGCAGCGCCAUGAGUCUGUCUGGAGAACAAGCAGCCAUGCCUGUUUGUCCUCGCUCAGUGUCGUGCCACCCCAUGGGCUCCAUGUCCUUCAAAGCCCUGCAGGCCCAGCCGCUUCCUCACUGCCGCAGCCAGGACAGAAGCCUCAGCAGGGGGACGGUGUCGUCCUGCGCCACAACUCCCCGCAGGAGGACCACUGGCACCACACAGCAGAAAGACCGUGACAAUGUGAGGAAGUCAUGGAGCAACCUGUCACUCCCACUGGCUCCCGUUCUCACUUUGCCCCCCAGCAAGCGCUCCACUUCUCCAGGCAAGAAGAACAGCAAAGUGACAGCGCCCUCUCCUGGCAGGCCUCCACAGAAGUCAGCAGGGCGCCCCCCGACCCCCAAGCUGCUCAAGUCUCCGGGGGCAGAGGACCCUGGAAAUCUUCGUCCUUUCAGGGUCACACCUGAGAGCCCCCAACCCACCAGAGCCCCCGGAGAGGAGGAGGAGGAAGAGCAGGUCCUCAGUCCUCCUCAGCCUCGACCUCAGCCACUGGGUCAGAACAAGAGCAGCAGUGAGCUCACACCACCAGCAGCAGACAGCGAGAGCGUGAGCAGUCCUCCAGCCUACAAGCCCUCAGCUGGCACUACAGAUCCAGAGGAGGCGAGUCGCAUCCUGGCUGAGAAUCGUCGGCUGGCCCGUGAGCAGAGGGAGAGAGAAGAGGAGGAGCGCAAGCAACAGGAGGAGCAGCGGAGAUUGGCGCAGGAGGAGAUGGCUCGCCGUAAGGCCGAGGAGCGAGCAAAGAGAGAGGAGGAGGCUCAGCGUCAGGCGGAGGAGAUGAGAAGGAAGGAGGAGGAGGAGAGGAAGGCGGAGGAAGAGAGACUUCAGAAAGAGAGAGAGGAGGCAGAGAGACUCCAGAAACAGAGAGAGGAAGAGGAGUCUCGACAGAGAGAGGAGGCAGAGCGACUGAGGCAGGAGAGAGAGAAACAUUUCCAGAAAGAGGAGGCUGAACGCCUGGAGAGGAAAAAGCGUCUGGAGGAGAUCAUGAAGAGAACACGACGCUCAGACACAGCAGAGAAGAAAGUUGUUCCCAACAGGAAUGGAGACAAUGCAGUGACCCCUGCUGCUCCGAGUCCAUCCACAGUGACUGCAUCACCAACACACAACAGCAACGGCCGCCAAGCCGACCCAAACACCACCGCACUGAGCCACCCUGACCAGAGGGAGAACGGGGAGUUUGAGGAGGUGAUUGUACUGCCUUCACAUUCCAGGUUGUCUCCUCCUGAGGGAGAGGAGCAGCAGCAGCAGCAGCAGGAGGAGGAGGAGGAGGGAGUUUCUGUUUUAGCCUUCAGGGAGAACGGUCUCCUAAAGCCUCUGAGCGGAAUAGAGGACAUAUCAGCCCAGCAGGGACCAGAUGUUGCCUGACGUCCUGUUAGGCCGAGAUGCUUCCACACCCAGAGAGACAGGAAGUGAGACGGCCAGAGAGAGGUAACACAGCGCUGUUGGACUGAAUCAAAGGAAGGACUCGCAGCAUCACAGCCCGACCCUUCCUGAGGUUUACUUUCUCACCCUCCCACAACAGAAGAGCACCGCAGCCAUUUCCCAAAGAUGGUGUCUCCAAAGAUCUCCCUAAAACACCUCCAGAGAGACUUUCCCUUCAACACACUCUCUGGGGGACAGAUUGUCUUCUCUGUCUCUGACCACACUCGGUCACAGUGUUCUGUGUGCGGCCCCGACAACCCCUGAUUCUGACGUGAAUGUCCUGAAAUCACAGAAUUGACUCUAUAAACGUGUGUGUGUGUGUGCGUGUGAGUGAAUGAGAGACUAAUAAUAAUGUAAACUGAGAUCAGCUGUAAAGUCUUCAGCCGUGAUACUUGAAGAGAUUUUUUUUGUUGCUGUAGAACACACUGUAAUCAGACUGACGAAAUCAGUGGCGUAACUGGAACUCGCACAACAGGCUCCGAAUUACGAGGUUUCAUUAACGCCCUAACUGGAACCUCCUAAUUCUCACGUUUCAGCGUUACAGAAGAGACGAGAUGUAGGAACGAUGUCAGUGCAUGAAGUUGUAUUAAAACUGCAGGAAAGUGUCUUGUAAUAUAUUUUUGCUGUGUCUACAGUGUUUAAGACUAGAGGGUAUUUUUGGGGGGCGAGGCCGUGGGCGUUGGAGUAUCAUGGAGUUUAAGUUAAAUAAUGACAAAAUGAAAAUACUGUUCUCAGCUGAGAAUUAGGGUGUAAACUACUGAUUAUUCUUUGUUUAGUUUUAUUUAAUUGCUGUACAGAUGAAAUGUGAUUCUUUGUUUCGUCCUGUCUUUGUUUAAAUUGAAAAAAGAAAAACCUGCUUCAACGUUAACUGCCCUUUAUUUUCAUUUGUUAACCCCGUCAGUGCUGCCUCCUGUCACACCCAGCCGGUGUGUGAGGACUCCGCUGUAGCUUAGGAGGUUUACUUUUGUUUUGGCCAAGUAAAAAAAAAAGAUUAAAAUAAUAAUUUGCUGAUGUUGAUUCUGAAA